AUGGGUAGAAACAUAAUAUGGAGCUGCAUGGACCGCAAACUACGAGGCGAUUCUGCAAUACGUCUGGUAUACUAUGAGUUGAUCAAUCCUCUCGUUAAGCAUUCGCUCCCGCAUUCCUACACUCUUUAUUAUAUCCUUGUCAUACCAUGUGACGGCAAUCUCCUUGUGGCCGCUGUAGCCUGGGCUGCGCUGCCAACCGUCAGCGCCAACCCAAUUCCAGAAGCCGUGAGCCAGCUCGUUGAAACCUACGCCCAGCUGUUCAAAAAUGGUCAGCGUUCCCCUAUCCUUCGCCGACCAAGCGAGUACGGGCAUGGAUACAAGGACAUCUUCCUCCCUUGGCUCGACGGCACUAUCCUGCAGGGCUGGUUCAUCCCCGCCGCCAACUCCAAGAAGCUCAUCAUUGCCAACCACCCCAUGACGUGCAACCGCUACGGAUAUCCGGGCCAUUUAGAGGGUUACGGGGGGCUUGGGGACUCCCAAGUGAACUUCUUGCCGGACUACAAGGCUCUCCACGAUGCUGGUUUUCACAUUAUUUGUUAUGACCUUCGCAACCACAGCAUUAGCGAUCGGGGCUCCGGCGCCGUCUGUGGCGCGCUCGGAUGUUACGAGGCUCGCGAUGUCGUUGGCUCUUUUCAGUACGCUCGCUCGCAUCCGGAGACUAGAGACAACAGCAAUGGUCUUUUGAGCCGGUGCAUGGGCAGCAACUCCACCAUCCAUGCCAUGGCGCAUUUCCCCAAGUACUUUACGGACAUCCAGGCUCUGAUCCUGCUGCAAGCAGUCUCUGGACACGCCUUCGUGGAGAAGGGCGCCAUCAACGCCAACCUUGAUGUUGCCACAACCGUCCAGGCUUUUGAUAAGCGAAUCCACGAACUGACUGGCUUCCGCUUGAAAGAGCUGAGCCUUGUCCCGCUGGCCAAGAAUGUUUCCGUCCCGACUCUCUUUGUGCAGGUUCGCAAGAACGCUCUAAUCGAUACGAAAGAUAGCCAGGAGAUUUUUAAUGCCCUUGUGUGA